AUGCAGUCGCUAUCGCUAGCAGAAACGAAGGUGCGCUGCGGUUGCUAUGCGAAACGAAACAAGAACAGAUCACCAGGCAGCUUCCGACAUCGCCAACGUCAGCAUUUACGACGACGCCGGCUUCACUACAAAUCACAUCAACGUCUCCCAUUGUACGAAAUGCACCAAAAACGAAUAAAUAGAAUUUGUUUUGAAAAAUUGUGUUGGUUCAAACAAAUAACACUGGAGUGGAAGGCGCUGCUUUCUCGUGAACAUGAACCGAAUCCAGUCGCGAAGCAGUCAGGCAGCUGA